AACAUAUAAAGAGAUCGGAGAGUACAGCUCAAAUUUCUCAAGAGAGCUCGGAUUACUUGUUCGACAGUACACAGAUCCGGACUGUCCUCAAUGGUCAAAAGUACCAAAUGCCUCGAAAGAAAGAAUACUUGCACAUUUGGAAGAUGAUUUGUUUGAUAUUGGGCGUACUAGAUAUGGAGAAGGGCAUAUGCCUGGGAUCUUGAGAGGCAUUGAUACUUCGUGUGCUAAAAAGUAUUCUGACUGGAAGUACGAUAUUAAAGAGCACUUAACGAUUAAUGGGCCACAAAAUCGUUAUGGUGGUUGCACGGAUACGCAGUGGCAAAAAGCAAUUGAUUUUUUCCGUCGCCCAGAAAUUACGAAACGUUCUGUGGUCAACAAGGAAAAUAGAAAGAAAUUGAAAGAGCUUAGCUAUGGAGGUUCUCAGUCAAUCCCAGCCUUACGCUAUAAAAAGCGCAAUUUAGAGACUGGGCAACUUGAGUCCAUCCCGGAUAGCUGGAUGGAUACUCACCAUAAAUCAGGCACAGGGUGGGUGACAGAGACAGCAAAAAAUACUUGGGAGGAAUUGCGUGCAUACCGCGACACACAGCAGACACAGGCAACUGAUACUGAGAGUUCCACACCAGUUUCGAGUGCGCCUGAAGAUGAAGACAUAUCUUUGGUACAAAAUGUCUUCGGAAAACGACGGGGCCACCAGAAAGGAUAUGGACGUAUCCUUAACAUAAGGGACCGAACUCCAUUUGAUUUUCGUCCUUCACAAACUAGAGAUGAAGAGUUGUCUGAGAUGAGAGAGCGUCUUCGACAGUUAGAGGAGCAUGUCCGGACUCAUUGUAUCACCCCGGGAUCUCAAUCUGCCCCACCACCACCACCCGAUGAUCCUGAUGUUGGAGCACCGACUCAGUAGGACUUAUGUAUGAAUUUUAUUACAAUUGACUAUUACAUUAUCAUGUUUAAGACAAGUCUUUAUUUUAAUUCAACGAAUACACUCUUAUGUUU